CCUGGAUGCGUGCAGUCGGCUUGAAGUGGAGCUCUGCUUGAACACCAUCCAGAAACUGCAGGCAAUGCAGAAUGCUGCAAGCAAAGAUUCCACCGUCUGCUGGAAAAGAUGGGCAGCGUGGAGAGCCGCAGCUCCUACCAGAAGCACUUGGCAAGGUUUCUUCCUGACGAACAAGCCGACAUCGAUGGCGUCUUCAGCUCCUUGCUGGGGUCCGAAGAGGCCCUUACCCCAAAGGGAGGAAAAGCAGUCAAGAAGGGUCUGACUCUUGGGAUGCUUAAGGCCCGUGUCAAGGAUGCUCUGCCUGAGUCCAUGGUCAUGAGGCUGUACGAUGGGAUGAAAAGCAUCCAGUGGAGUGAGAAGUCACCUGGGCCGAACAGCUCAGUGGCAAAGGAGCAGUUUGUCGUUUUCAUGUCGGUGCUUUUGAAAGGCAAUGCCGAGGAAAAAAGUAGCAUCCUCCUGAACAUGGUAUCGAGGGCUGCAGGAAACGUGAAAGGACAUCAAAUCCUAGAGUUUGCAGAGGAUCUGGUUGGCUCUGUCGUCCACGUUCUGAACGUCAGGAAGCAGCUGCGGGGUUGGGAUCCAAUGAAUAUGCAAAAUUCCACCACCGGAGUAAAAACAUUGGCUUCUCAGCUGGUGUCUGAAUUAAAAUCGGCAGAUGGAAAGAAGACUGAAGGAGCCCAGGUGCUGGAUGUCACCUGUGAUGAAAGUAGCAUUGAAGACUGGAUCUUCCGCAUCCCACAGGUCUCUGCGUUCCUCAGCGUGAUUCUCCAACAAGGGCUGCUUGUUCUGCAUUCCCUCCCGGAUCAGUGCAGAGACACCGUCCCCCUGCUUCCAGAAUGCAAAGGCGUCAAAGGGCACCGUUUUGUCAGUCUCCUUGACCUCCCGUCCAUCAUCUACAUCAACUCCCAGCUACCUGCAGAGCUCCGGCAUAAAUGGAGGUUGCUUUUUUCCUCUCGGCUUCACGGGGAGAGCUUCACUCAGCUGUGCAGCCACAUUGUGAACAAGGGGCCGUGCGUGCUGGUCUUGAAAGACUCCGAUGGCUACAUUUUUGGGGGAUUUUCAUCUUGCUCCUGGGAGGUUAAGCCACAGUUUCAAGGCAACAACGGCUGCUUUCUGUUUUCCAUCUUCCCCUCGAUCGCGGUGUUCACCUACACCGGCUACAAUGACCACUACAUGUAUUUGAAUCAUGGCCAGCAGAUGAUGCCCAAUGGACUGGGCAUGGGUGGACAACAUGAAUACUUUGGACUCUGGGUAGACAGUAACUACGGGGAGGGCCACAGCAAGGCCAAGCCGAAGUGCACCACCUACAACAGCCCUCAGCUGUCAGCCAAGGAGAACUUCACGCUGGAUGCGCUGGAAGUGUGGGCCGUGGGAGACCUCCCUACAAGUGACGCCGGAAAAGGGCCGAAGAGCGUCCUGGACGUUGAUCCCGAAGCCCAAGCUUUGCUAGAGAUGAUUGGAAAGAGCCGUCAGAGUGAUGGAUUGCGGGAAGAUGGGGACAACGACUCCGAAUAAACCUUGGAAGCUUCUGCCCGGUGUUGAGUUCUUCGGGGAGAGAGGUCUCUGAGCUCCCCUCUUGUCAAAGCUAGCUAGCACAGACAUUCAGAUAUUUUCCUGCAAUAGUGGGGGGUUACCUGGCUGGGAGAUGCAUGUUCUGCACAGGAACAUGUGAAAAGAGAUGGGAGGACUGCAUGAUUUAGGUGUCUGACUUGAUGUUUAAUAAUCAAAGCUAUCACACAACUUUUCCCCAAUGUAAUUGGGAAAGAUUUUGGACUACAGUUCCCAUUACCCCCAACUAACACGGCCAACUAUAAUGGAUCAUGGAGCUGAAGACCCAAAUGCCCUGUGUUGGGUUGGCGGAGAUUAGCUGGUUGUACAUUUAAAAAAAAUAUAGGUGUAUUUUAAUUCCUUUUCCUUAUCAUGUACAAGUGGUGCCUCUGAAUCUGACCCAAGCCAGCCUUCACAAAUUCUGUUCAAAAACAGUUUCUUGAAUUGAUUCUGGCUUGUUGUCACAAUUCAGAAGGGUCUUUGCUCAUUAUCAUCCAUCCGAAGCAAAGCCGAUUUUCUUAGACAAUGCUCCUUCAGCCAGAUUUGGCCUAUUAGAGAAACGUUGCUAGAUUUUAGGAUUAGAAUUGAGAAAUGCAUGCUUGGGAUGUUUAGGCAGUAGCUGUGGUUCAAAGUAUGUAAAAAUAUAUUGGGGACUGUCUCGUGGAUGUGAAUGCAAAGCAUGAGAAAGGACUGAGUUAAUUUUUAGGGUGCAUGAGAUAAUCUGGGGAUGCAAAUGGAUGCUACUCCCCUGUUAUUUUCAAGUUGUAUGUGGCAUUAUCAUAGCUGGCCCUUUUGAGCCACGUGAGUUCAGGCCAGCACCCAUGAUCCCAUAACUGUGGUGAUCUGAAUCAGCAUGGAUUGGUGCAAAAUCAUGAAAUAAGCUGUGGGCGCAGCUUAGGACACCUGUUUGAAGGACGAGAAUACCUUUCAGCCAAACCCAGUAAAAAUCAAAAUAUGGAAAAAGUGUUUUAUUCCUGUUUUUUUUCCCUACUCGCACCCUGAUUCUCUCAGCCAUAUGGAAUCCAAAGAAUAAUAUCACCAUGUUCUGGUGAAAUGUGUGAAGCACAGGAUAAAAUUUCUUAGACAGGCAUUAGUGAGAAAUUGGAGAGAUUGAGUCAAGACGGACCUGUUCCAGAAUUCAGCCUACAUUUAGAGAUCAUGGAAGGAAUGCUCACUCAGAUUUGCGCACCUGUCUAUGUUCCAAAUCUGCAUAACAAGGUUAUUGCCAUGUUUACAGUGAAGUGUGAAAAAGCAGUAAUGAAGCAACUGCUGUAGUGCCAUUUUGGCCUAGCAUAUCACUGAUCACAAGAUCAAGAAGGAAGAGGAAUUGAAGACGCUAUAGAAGCAGGGUGCUAGGAACACAAAAGAGUUCUUGUGAUUAUGCAUUCUUUCUAAAUCCUUGCGGUCAUGCAUUAUUUUGAAAUGCUCAGGAGGCAUGACUUUCAAGGAAGCCAAACAGAAGCAAGUUUACUUGUAGUUUUCAAAGACCGGUAUGUCAUUUGUAUUUACCACUGGGUUGCUGAUAUCAUGACAAUGUCCAUAGUCAUAGGGUGGUUGGAAUGAAUUUACCAGGUUCACAAGGUCUCUCCCUCCAGCCAGUAGCAUCACAUUGAUAGCUGGUAAGAAUUUAUCCAGGGCUGCCUUGCAAACCCAUAUAACCCCGUACACACUGGGGUUUUCAUCAGAAAUCAAAUCACGCUCUGAGAUUGCUUCUUCAUUCUUUCUGUAAGAAUCAGUUUCUAGCAAAUCUUCAUUGCAUUUAUGGGAUUCAAGUCCAAGACAACAAGAGGAGAGAACAUGGGGAAAUUAGUUUAUAGACUCUAACCCCCAGAAUCCUCCAUGAGGUUCUGCCAAUUCUUGAAAUUGCAAUCUAGAAAAUACAUUUUCUUACCUCUGCAAAAGAGGAUUGACAUAAAGUAUCUGCACUGUCAAUCUAAAGUAACCUUAUGGUGCCAUGGUUCAGUUGCAGUACUGCAGUGAAGACUCUGCUCAGAACCUGAAUUUGAUCCGGUGCUCAGGUCGACUCAACCUUCCAUCCUUCUGAGCUCACUAAGGAGUUUGGAGGCAACGUUUAGCCUACAUAGUUAAAUUUUAAACUUCCAGAGAGAACUUUAAGAACUAUGGGACAGUAUAUAAGCAGCACACUAUGCUUUUUAAAAAGUAGUAAUAUCUCUCCUGGUCACUGGUCUGUUUAGCGAUAUACUGGCUAGUGUCUUAACAGGUAGUGGAGGAUUAUUUUUUAACCAUGCUGGGCAUGGGAGUUUCCUCCCAAAGGAGCACAGGAAGCUGCUUUGUAUGAAUUAAGACCAUUGCUUCAUCUAGCUGAGUAUUACCAACUCUAAUUUGUACCGGACUUCACCAGUGUUUCAAGCAGAAUAAUUUUCUGUCACUACCUGGAGAUUCCCGGUGAUCUCCAAUCCAAAUAUUAAGCCAACCUUUUUAGCUUCUGAAAUGAAUCAAAAUCCAAGUGGGUUUGAGGGAACAUGGGUCCGGGAACAGCCAGAGGGCACCGUGUUGCCCACUCCAGGUAUCACAUAAAUUGGAGGGCUGAUAAGUGCCCAUGUUAUGAAAACCUUUUUCGGUAGACCAUGCUCAUAAGCAAGUCCUAGUCUCUUUGACCAGGGAAAGAGGCAGAAUCCCUCCGAUUUGCCAUUACCAGGAGGUAGAUCAGAGCCAUGUUUACCUUGAAUGAUUUUACAAGCCAAGGAUAUAGACGUGGGUAUGGUCCCAGUGUCUUGUAUGUACUUCCUCCCAGCCCUAGUGAGAUUGGGGCUUUCCUCAUCAUCAUCUGUUUGACCUUUUUAUCAAAGGUGUCCACCACAAACACAAUUUUAACAAGUACAUCCUUGUGCCUAUGCAAAGAAAAGAACAAGGGUGAGUGUAUCGAGGGGGGAAAUCAUGGUUGCAGAAACCAGUCUAGCCUGCUGUGAAUUUGUUGGCCAGCUCCGUAAUAUGGUACUUCUUGUAAUAUCUAGAAUUCACGCUGGAGCCAAGGGAGAUCACAGUAGGGAAACUCAAAGGCUGAAGCCAGUGUGUAAAAUCAUGUUGUGUUAGGAGGCUUCUCCUUUUUAUUUCUGUUUUUUUGGGUGGCCGCUGAGAGACUUAAGGGCAGAAUUUUGUGGGCAAAGGCAGAACAUUCAGUCUCUGGCUUGUAAUUGUGAGAGCAGAGGGUUUUCCGCUUUUGUGCAAGACGGGGAGUGAAUAAGGCCAGGAAAGAAAGGAAGAGCUGCUUGAGCAGCAGAGCAUCACGCACACAGUAGAACAAAACAGGAUUUUGCCCUUCCGCAAGGAUCCUGUUGGGAUUACCCUCCGGAGAAGUUGCAAAGCCGGGCGUAGCUGUUGGACCAGAUGCUUGUCACACAACUGGAAAUGUGCCAAAUAGCUGUAGCAGCUGCUUCUGCAGCUUUCCACGUGGCCUUAAUCCUUUUUUUUAAAAAAAUGGCAUAAUCUUUCAUGACUCUGUCUUCACGAUGCCGUCCGAUUUGGGGAGACGCUGUCUUUUACGUGCUGUGGCACAGCUAUCCCUUUGAAAACUCUCCUUUCUGUCUCUUCCAGUGGGUGGGUGUAUGUAUAUAUAUGUAGAUAUAUGGAUGUCAAAUGCAGGUUGAGUAGAACAAAUAAAACGUUCUGGAUCAUGUUCAGAG